GGCACUGGCUAAUCGAAUGACGUCAGUAGCACGUCACUUCCUGGUGAUACGCCGACACUUGAGUGCUGUUCCCGCUGAUCUGCAGUCCGUGGUGACCAGCCUCACCUCCCACCGGAAACACGUGCCGCACUGGUACCUGUAUGACACCAGGGGGUCGGAAAUCUAUGAAGAAAUCGUUCGUUCUUCUUCGACCUACCGACUGUGGAAUCAUGAGUACACCUUGCUUCAGACGCAUGUGAAAGAUAUCGUUGAUAAGAUGCCCUCGGCCCGCACCAUGCUGGUUGAGCUCGGCAGCGGCGCUUCCUCCAAAACCCGUCCGGUUAUAGAGGCUAUGCUGGAACGUCAUGGAGCAUUGACGUAUGUGCCAGUGGACAUUGCAAAAGACUACAUUGAGGAGAUCUCGCGAGAGCUGGAGCGAGAGUACAGUAAUCUAAAGGUAGAGCCGUUCGGGGGUCUGUACAUGGACGGAUGCCGCCAUGUCGCCAGCCGCACGGAGACCAAACUACUCCUGUUCCUCGGCAGCAGUUUCGGUAACGUCCCUGUUGAUGAGCAGCUCCCCAUGCUGGAGGAAAUAAAUGCAUAUCUCACAGCCCAGGACCGGCUCGUGCUAGGGCUGGACAUGAACACGGACCGUGAGGCCGUCAUCAGGGCUUAUGUUGCCGAACAUAAGCGAUGUCCAUGGCUGGACAACUUCGUCGAACGCCUGAAUAAGGAUUUUGAUGGAGACAUGGACAAGAUGGCGUUUGACGACACCGUGGAGUUUAUAGAGAACCCAGCUGACAAGGACACGCCCAGCUAUGUACAACAGUAUCUGAAAAGUUCGACCAUGCAACGUGUGCACCUGAGAAAGCUUGGUCUCACCAUAGACUUUGCGGCCGGGGAGAGGCUUUACUUAUCAGAAGGUCCGAACUACAGCUGCAAAUACAGCGAGUAUCAGGUGCGCCAUCUGGCGGAGAAGAGCAACUUUGCAGUUGAAGGUUUCUGGACCAACGAAGAUGCAAAAUACUGCGUGGUGUGUUUGGUCCCAAAUAAUAAGUGAUAAAAAAUCGGAAAUAGACCCAAA